UAUAUUACAAACCUUCCAAAUAUAACAAACCGAACUAGACAGCCGGUCCCACAUGUAAACAAACACAGCUGACUUACGUGUGGAGUGAGGUUGUUCAUUUUGGGUUUUUGCCAAGAUGUUUUGCUACUCAACAAAAAAUCUUUAUGGAAGGUUCUCCGUUGAGGGCAGAUGGAUUGCCUCUCAACACAUGGCCACUGCUUCCAAAUCUUCAUUUAAGAAAACGGAACCCAGGUAUCCUACAGGCAAUUUUGGUCUCGACAAAAAGGAACGAAGAACUUUGAGAAAGCGCUUGCUGGAGGGUAAAAACGACACUGUGAAAAAGCAUGUCUUCAAGAAACUCUACCCAUGGCAGAGUAAAAAGGACUUAGCUCUGCAUUUGAAAAACAGUGAAGUGUAUAAUGAUGGUGGACUUAUUGCCUUGUGUAAACCAUAUGGCAUUCCUCAAGUGGGCCAUUAUGAGGCGCCCAAAGAAGAGAGCCGGACCAUUGUUCAGACUUUGGCCAGUGGGGGAGUGCCGGACAACGUGCCUUCGAUAAACAGGACCAUUCCUAUUCUGAAGGAGCUGUAUAAUGUUGAUCAUCUUGAAGUGGUUAAAUCAACUGAGAGGUGGAGCAGUGGCCUAAUUCUCCUGAGUACCGAUCCCAAUGUCACAGAAAAGGUCAAGAAGUGUUUUAGAUCGUCGCAAGCCUUACAGCAGCCUCCAUUGACCUACUGGGCUGUAACGUGUGGAAUGCCAAGACCCGUGGCUGUUGCGAAGAGGGUUCCCUUUGGCCUAGAGCAUGUUCCGAACACAGGGCAUAUGCCAGUGAUUAAGAAAGAGUAUGCUAAAAGUGACAUCAAAAGCGGGAAAAUAAAACUGGCCGUUGUAGAACAUGUAACAAAAGUGUUCAGUAAAGAAUCAGACAUGUCCCUUGUUGAGGUUAAUGUUCAUAUCACCAAGAACCAUUUCCUGAGAGUAUGGCUAGCGUAUAGUUACAGCCCAAUCUUAGGUGACCAUCUUUAUGGGGGUAGAGUAAAAACAGUUGCAGGCAAAAAGGUGCUUGUUGGUGAACAGAAUCUCACAUCGUAUGUCCCACAGACUUUACCAGAUGAUACUUUCUUAAGGUUGAAUCUGCCCGACAAAGCAGUAGAGAUGAUACCUUGCCACUUGCACCUCUCAAAAAUAAAACUAAGCCGCUUUGAAAAGAACAGGUCCGACCUGGUCAUUACCGCUCCUCCACCUGACCAUUUUAUGUGGACGUGUAGACAACUUGGACUCAUGGCUGCAGAUGAGGAAGGUGAACAGGACAUUGCGGAGGAGAGUUCACGAUAGUACAAUAAAUUUUAGAGAUUGUAUAUUUAUUAUUAUAGAAGUUGAUUUUUUGUUUCAAUAUGUAUGUAUAAAUGUAAAUAAGAACCUUUGAAAGCAUAAAACAGUAUGCAUAAAAAGAAUUUUUUAAUUUCAUAACUUGCUAUU